UACAAAUUUGCACAGGACUAAUUAGUGAUCUUUGUUUGUAUCAGUUUUUAUAUAUUCCAAAUCAUACGCAUAAAAAUGGAUAUUUUAAACGAUGAUUGUUUGGUGAAUAUCUUCAAUAAUGUACCAGAACUUCGCAAUCAGGUUCAAAUCUCUCGAGUUUGCAAACGCUUCGAAGCGAUCAUCAGGCGUAUAUGGCGCUCCCAGAAAUGCUAUCGAACACUUAAUUUAUCAGAAUGGUUUGGUUGGCUGCCAGAAAUACAAGAUCUAACAUAUUUUUUGCAUUCAGUACGUACUAGCUUGUCGUCUAUAGUGAUUGGCGAUGAAACCUUAAACAAGUUUUUGCUUAACAUAAAGCAAAUUUUAAAAGCAAAGGAAAUUUGUGCACCUAUCAGUAGCACGGUCUGCCUGCCAAGUGUACAACAUUUUGAGGGUGAGGAAAAAUCGUUUUUUAGCAUGAUUACUGACAGCGAUAUGGAGAUACUCGUACGAACUGUUCCAAACCUUCUCUCACUGCAUCUGAGAGAACCAUUAAGUGGCCGAUAUGUUUGUGAUUUCCUAAUGUUGGAGGAGUUGUAUUUGUACGUGCCAUCAAAUAACGUUUUGGAAAUUGAAAAUACCCAUUUUGAGGCAAUCUGCAUCCGUUUAAAAUAUUUGCGAAUUUUAGAUGUGCGCAGAUAUGACGGAAAGAGUCAUUUGGAUUUGACACCUGUGUUGAAUUGUGAGAAUUUAGCAGUUCUUAAAGUAAAUCUACAUCCGCUUAAAAAAUUUCUUCCUCAAGUCCUGCUGAUGCCAAAACUAGUAUCACUCAACGUAAUGCUGGAUUCUGAGAUCGACGUUGGAAGUAUUCUGAAUGUAGAUACGCAUGAUUUUAAAAUAUACGAAACAGUAGAAUUCCAUGAUGUAUUAAAAAAUCAAGGUGAGCGUAUAAUUGGCUUAGCAGUUGAUCUUUAUUAUUUUCCGUUGGAUUCUGAUUGGGCUUCAAAUUUGAAUCUGUGGCAGGGUGGCCGUAAGCUAAAAAAAUUCUGCCUUUGUAGCUGUGAAUUAUCACCCGAUCCACUGCUCAAUUUGGCUAACAUAAUGAACUGCUUGGAGUAUCUUAGUUUGAGAAAUUGGCAACAUUUGACGAAUGACCACGUUCUACAUUUCGUCGAGCGAUGUGUACACUUAGAACAUUUGGACGUUAGUUAUUGUCCUAAUAUAGAUGGAAAGUUGCUUUAUCAAAUAAUGGAUGUACUAAAGAAACAGGAUAGAAAUCAUGCAUUACAUAUCUAUUACAUGAUGAGUGGCUUAGAGGAUGAAGUGCAAAAAAUGAAUCCCAAAAUUUGGCAAGCACAAGGCUUGGUGGAUUUAUCAAUGGAUUUCCCAGCUGGAUCUGAAAAAGGGCUGAGUUAUGUAUAUCGGGGAUAUGAAUUUGACUUCGUUUGUAAUGAUAUGUCCUAGAAACAAUUUUUAAUUGGGUGCCUAAA